UACAUGGCCACCGAAGGGCGGGCCCGGGGUGGGCGGGGCCCGGCGGCCCGGCGGCCCUCCCGAAAGUGGCGGUUUGCUGGAGGCGGUUACCUAGGAAUCCCGAGUAGUUUGAAUGUGUGGCGACCUGUGCACCGGUGCUUGGUCGGUGCUAUCUCAGCAGGAGUGGGACCCCCGAGGCCUAAGACACAGGCUUUUAUCUGGCUCGGGACUCCCCGGCAUUCAUCGCUUCCCUCCAUAACCGGAUAGCAGUUAUUUGGACUCAGCCUCAGACCCAGGGGUCACAUGCCAGGAAGGAUGGCCCCCCUCAAGAAGCCUCGAAAUGCCGCAAGGUUGCCCCUGGCUUUAAACCCCCUGAAGAGCAAGGACGUGUUGGCAGUGCUGGCCGAAAGGAACCAGGCUAUAGUGCCAGUUGGGGCCUGGGUGGAACCUGCCUUGCCAGAUAGUUCGGAAGUCCCAGCAUAUACUUCAGCAUAUAUGAUUGAAGAAGAACUAAAGGAACAACUAAGAAAAAAACAAGAAGCUCUGAAGCAUUUUCAGAGACAAGUCAAACGCCGAGUAAAUCAACAAAUCAGGUUGCGAAAAAAGCAUCAGCUUCAGAGAUCUUAUGAAGCAGCAGAAAAAGAAGGCUCUAUAGCCAUGCAGUCCUCAGAUCCAGCACAUUUAACUCCUAAAAGAACAAGUGUUUUUCCAAAGAACUUGAAUGCUGCAAUUGGAAGUGCUAGGUUACCUCCUUCCCAGGUGCUGGGGGAUGGACUAGAAGAUAGAGAGAAUCAGAAUGAAUUACUCCAACAACAAGCCCAGGCUCUUAGUCAAACCAUGAAACAGGCUCGUCACCGACUGGCAUCAUUUAAGACUGUGAACAAAAAAAAUGUGUCAGUGUUUCCAGAUGGUAGAAGAAAAACCUUUCCCCACCAAGAGGAACCUGACUCUGAGGAACCUUCAUCUAUUUUGAUAGAUAAAAAAGGGAGAGAAAAUUUGUUUUGGGGAGACCAACAGGAUCUCCUUUCUGAAGACAGGGACAAACCUUUCAGCAGAGUUCAGAAAGCACAAUUCAAAAAUCCAUUAUUUGCUGUGAUGAAAGAGGAAGAGCGAAAGCAGUUAGAUCUUCAAGGCCUUCAGGAUAUUCUGCCAGAAGCCCAGGAUUAUCUUCCAGAAGCCCAAGGUGAUCUGCUGAAAAUCCAGGGUGAUUUGACAGGAGUCCAGAGUGUUGAGCUAGAAGCUAAGAGUAUUGAGCCAAGGCUCAGCACCCAGGUUGUUGAGGUGGAAGGCCAAGCCACUGAGCCUGAAGCCCAGGCUGUUGAGCCUGAAAUCCAGACCGUUGAGCCCGAAGCCCAGGCCAUUGAGCCUGAAGCCCAGGCUGUUGAACCUGAAGCCCAGACCACUGAACCUGAUGCCCAGGCUGUUAAGACAGAAACUCAGGAUAUUAUGCCAGAAGCCCAGAAUAUUGAACUAGAAGAUGGGAGUAUUGUGUCUGAAGUCCAAGAUUUGCUACCCAAAGAACAGUGUGUUCUUCCCACAGACCAGAAUGUUCUACUCAGAUGUCAGGACCAGGACUUUCUACCUAAAAACCAGGUUUUUCUACCCAAAGACCAGAAUAUUCUACCCAAAUGUCAGGACCAGCAUGUUCUCUCUGAAGACCAGAAUAUUCAGUCCAAAUUUCAGGACCAGGAUUUUCUACCCAGAGACCAACACCAGCAUUUUCUAUUCAGAGACCUGUGUGUUCUCUCCAGAGUACAGGAUUUUCCACCCAGAGAUCAGAAGGCAAAUUUGAAGCAGCCAGCAUCAAUUUUGACAGACAGGAGAGGGAGAGAGGUGUUUCCUCUGGAUGCCCAUCAGGAUCUUCUACACAGCAGUCAAGAUCAGACCUCCACCAGGGACAAGAAAGUACGCUUCAAGGAGUCAUAUUCUGAUAUGUCAAGUGAGAAAGGGAGAGAAGGCUUUUCCCCGGCAAGUUAUCAGUACCUGCCUCCUAAACUCCAGGACUAUACCUUCAUCAAAGAUCAGAACAAGUGUCUCAAGCAACCUGCAUCUUUUGAGAAAUGGGAGAUUGAAAGAAGAAUUGUUUCUGGAGUGCCAUCGACCUUAUGCUUCAGGCAGCAGCCGUCUGUUGGGACAGCAGAAAGAUGGCAAGAGGAUUUGUUUCUGGAUGGCCAUCAGCAACUUCCACCCAAGCACCAGAGAGAGGCUUCCAGCAGAAGACAGGUGUAUGGUGAAUGUCAGGCAAGAUUGAACACCGAAUUCCAAAUUCCACUGGCACUUCAGUCUGGAGUAGAUCAAGAAGAAGACAAGAAAGAGCGUCAAAAGCAAUACCUGCGAUACAGACGACUUUUCAUGGAUAUUGAAAGAGAACAAGUAAAAGAACAACAAAGGCAAAAAGAACAUCAAAAGAAAGCUGAAAAAAUUAAAAAAAAGAAAGAGCAGCAACGUUACGCUGAGGAGCAGAGGAUACUAAGAAUGAACUUCCAUGAAGAGCCAUGUUCAGGAGAGAAGAUGAGUGAGAAAAUAGCCCAGCUACAGCUUGAGGAAGUAAAAGGAGCCAGAGAAAAACAACAACAGAGAGAGAAGGAAUGCCAAAGAUAUACGGAAGCUCUAAGAGCCCAGAUCCAGGAGAAAAUGCAGCUGUAUAAUAUUACUUUACCUCCACUAUGCUGUUGUGGUCCUGAUUUUUGGGAUGCGCAUCCUGAUACCUGUGCCAACAAUUGUAUUUUUUAUAAAAACCCUAGAGCAUAUACCCGGGCACUACAUUCGGUCAUCAACUCCUGUGAUAUCCCUGUGGGGAACUCAGCUCUUCGAGUCGCCAUGCAUAAUUUGGUUUCUGCACACAGACGGACUUUGAAAAAUGUGUAAUGAGAAUCUGAAUCCAACUAAUUAGCAAGCUGAGAACUACUGGAAGGAACUUAAAAGUUGAUAAACAGCUGCCUCCCCCUCCGACCCCCCAACACUUGUCUGGCUACAAAACUUUUAAAAAAUAAUUACAGAUAUACAGGAAGUUGUAAAAGUAGUUCAGAUAGGUUCUAUGUAGGCUUCACCUGGUUUCCCCCAAUGGUUAUAUUUUAUGUAACUAUAGUAUAAUAUCAAAACCAGAAAGUUGACAUUGGUACAAUAUGUAUGUAUAGUUUUAUGUGUGCCAUUUCCACCUGUGUAGAUUUGUGUCAGUACCACCACAGUCAAGAUACAAAAUUAUUCCAUCACCACAAAGACCUCCUCUUACUACCCCUGUAGUCACACUCGCACACCCCUCCCGUUUACCACCGUCUCUAACCCCCGGCUACCACUAAUCCAUUUCCAUCUCCAUAAUUUUGUCAUUUCGAGAACAUUAGAUAAGUGGAAUCAUACAGCAAGUGGUCAUUUGAGAUUAAUUUUUUUUCUCUCGGCUUAAUGACACCGAGAUCCAUCCAAGUUGCUGUGUGUACCAAUAGCUUGUCCCCUUUAUUGUUGAAUUGUGUCCCGUGGUAUGGGGACCACAGUUUGUUUAACCCCUCAUUCAUUGAGGGACAUUUUGGUUGUUUCUAGUAUUUUGCCAUUACAGAUAAGGCUGCUGUGGACAUUUGUGUACAGGUUUGUGUGGACAGAAGAUUUCACUUAUCUGAGAUAAAUGCCCAGAGUAUCACUCAUGGACUGUAUGGUAAGUGAAUGUUUAGUUUUUUAAGAAAGGGAUAGCAUGCAGUUGGGUUCUGGUUUUAAUCCUUUUUGUCAGGUGGGUGGUUGAAAUCCAGCUUUCUUCUUGGCCUCCAUUGAUACCCUUAGGUGGGGGUUGGGGAAGAACACCUCAUUACUGCUUGGUUAGUGGGAGUUCUGGCUCUCUACUGACAUCACCGUGCCUGGGAUCGGGAGGGUGCCUCCUUACUGAUCCCCACAUGUCCUCCACUAACACCAUGGUGUUAGGGGCUAGGUGCUCAUUACCACUGGAAGCUGGUGAAAGUUCUGGCCUCCCAUUUUUAGUUUCCUUACACCACCCUGACUGUGGGGCUGGGGGGAUACCUCGUUACAGCCAGGCCCAAAUGGAUGUUGAGGCUCCCUGCUUUGCCUUUGCUGGUAGGAGUGGGAAGGGGCUGCCGUGUUUUCUGUGGUGUUUGGUGGGAGUAGGGUGGCUAUGGCUAGACUACCCCCAUCUGGAUCCUUUAACUAGAUAUAGCUGGCUUUUCUUUUUUUCUUCUUUUUUUCUUUUUCUUUGUGCUGUUGGCUCUUCCAGAUGGCUGGCUUCUCCAACAUCCAGUUCAGAUAGAUGAAGCAAAAAGCAAACACAGACAAAUCACUGCUGUGUCUCUCCUCAGAUCUUUUCCUAGCUCAUCCAGAGUCAUGUAUAUGUUGCGCUAUAUAUAUAUAUAUAUAUAUAUAUAUAUAUAUAUAUAUAAUGCCCAGGGUUUUCAGCAUUUAGUGAGAGUAAGGAGAAUUGAGUCUAUUCCAUCUUGAUCCAGAACGAGAAAUCUCACAAAGAGCUUUCAAGUGGCCAUUUCUCCUCUAAGGACAUAAAUCCAAUCAUGUCUCAACCCUCCUUAAAAACCUCCUCAUCAUAUCCUGUCCAAAGGCUAAAAUCCCAAGCUCUUAACAUGGACUUUUAAGGCUCUUCAGUAUCUUACAACCAGGUAUAACAGUCCUAACUUCUGCAGCUCCACACUUUGGACAUGCCACCCUCCAGCUACAUGGAUUUCACAUGCACCACUUAAAUAUAUCUAUCUUGCUUUUCUGUGCUUCCUUGUUGAGCACACACUAGUGCCUGUGCACUCUGCUGCUCCUGUCUCCUCUUCUCUACUUGGCAGUCACCUAGCUGUACUUCAGUUCUGCUUCUUGUAUUACCUGCUGUGAAGCCUUUCAAGACUUUCCCAGUUAUCUGACCCUUUCUCAGUGCCACCAUAGCAGAAUGAACAUAAUCUUACAAGCUAUUUCUUAUUUGAACGGAUUUAUUCUACUGGAGCUCUUUGAGGUGGAAUUGUGUCUCUAUCCAUCUCUGUCCCAUUCAACUGUAAAUCCUUUGAGGGUAGGGGCAGUACCUGUCCUAUUUAUCAAUGUAUCUCUAGCAGAGUGCUGUGCCUGGCACAUAGUUGACACUUAACAAGUGUUUAUUAAAUGAAUAGAUGAGUGACUUGUUACUUCCAGAUACCAGAGCAGCCAAAAAUUGUCCUCAGCUUGCAUGACUAGGCUGCCUAAGGCCACCUCACUUUUGUCAUUACCAUAUCUUUUUUUUUUAUUUCUGCACACAUACCCCCCCAAAAAAUGACUUUGGGAGACUAAUGAUUUAACUGCUUCCUCAAUCUGCUCCUCCCUUUCCUGCUUUUAGGUCAUGCUCAUAUAUAUUUGCUGCCAUCACUGAUUGACCAUUUGAGAGCAGGGCCGCUUCCUUGUUCAGCUGAUAGUAGUCUCCUUUAAAGACCAUUCUUCUGGCCAGUAUGAACCAUCCAUCAGUCCUGCUUUGAAGAGACUGAAGCUCUUACUUUUGACCAUUUAUAUCAAGGCUAGAACUUUCUUGGCCAAACCCUUCCAGAACAUUGUCUUUUCAAUGAAACAAAAUCUUUUGGGGUACAUGGUCACUUUGCUUGUCUCUAUCUUUUGACUCUGUUGGCUGGAAGAAUUUAUUUAUUUAUUUAUUUAUUUAUUUAUU